AUGGCCGCUCCUAAUACAGUUGAAUUUUACAACAAGCCAAACUACGACAGCCCCGUGAAGACCGCCCAACUCGGCGACGUCGAGCAUGAGAAAUUGGGAACUGGCUACCUCUCCUGCAAACUGGGAGACGGGACGAAGCUGCUUGUGUGGAAUCACUCAAACUAUUCCGAUUCGAAGGAAUUGACCAGCGACCAGACCAAUUUCCCAAAGGACAAGUCAGUUCAGUGCUAUCAAGUCAUCCCAGGCACCUCUUCUGUCGUUGGCGUCCGGUUUAAGGAUACCACCGGCGCUGAAAAUGGCCAUUAUUCACUUCUAAUGAAACUCGCCAAAAUUGGCGACGUUACAGUAAUGUCAAACAUGUCGGACGAAUACUCGAUUGCCGGUGUUGUUCCCCGGGAUGGUACACUGGUGACAACUGCCUUGUAUGUCCGGGACAAGGUUUCAGGUGCAUACGUUGCCACGGGAUCGAUCUAUUUCAAAUGGGACAAUGACAAGCAGAAAGUCGUGGUUGUGGAGCAGGAAGGCUGGCCGAAGAAGCAGCUUAAGCAGGAAGAUGAUGGUAAAGACAACUUCACUAUUACCUUGUUUUCGACGAAGGAAUAA